AUGGACCUCCUGACAGGCAGCAAGCCAGCGCUCCCAAAGCUAGUCAACCCAACCAUCCGUAUCCAUGUCCCCCUCGACCCAGACGAGACUGUCAAUGUCAACUUCACGGCACUCGCUGAAGCAAAGUAUGGAUGGGACGCGCUCCAUCCUGUUGCCGCACGACUGCGUGCUCUCAAUCGGUAUGAUAGUGAAGAGGAAAGCGACUCGGACAUGCAGGACGUGACUGGAGAAGCAGGGAGUGGUCAAGCAGCAGCAGCAGCAGCAGCAGCAGCAGCAGCAGCAGCGCCAGCACAACCACUACAGCCAUCACAACCCAAGAAGCGCAAGCGUCGCAAGAUGAAUGAGUACGAGACGUAUGAUAUCGAUGAUCCGUUUAUCGACGAUGACGAGCUCAACCUGCAAGAAUUGACUGCCGUCUCAAAGGAUGGCUUUUUCGUGUUUCAGGGACCUCUGGUUGGCGAGGGUGAUAAAGUGAGGAUUGAAAAGGCAGAUGGAACAGCACGUCGAGGUAAUGCCGGUGGUCUUCAUGGUGCAUCGGGCACAGCGGCAGCGAAACGCUCAGCGCAUGCCAGGAGCAAGUCGAAAAUGGCAGCGACGACGACAGCGACAGCGGCUAGUCCUGCAGCGGCAGCAGGAGCAGCAACGCCUGUUGCUACAGCGCAUACAGGGCUGAGCGACGCAACACCAGCAAGCAAUCCAACCUCACCGCAUUUGACCAAGAAGCAGGCGACUGGCAAAGGACAGGUCUCCACUCCCAGUGCACCUGCUCAAGCGUCUUCAACACCACCAAAGUCAAUUGCUGCUUUACCUUCUGCUAAAACGGUAUCAGCAGGGGCAGGAGCAGCAACAGCAACAGCAACAGCAACAGCCACAGCAACAGCAAAGGCAGUACCAGAGACAACCGUGCCACCGUCCACAACCAAAUCCAUGCCACCGUCACCUUCAGCGCCUGGAAGUCCAGCGAAUAGUACGGGUGAUGCAGCAACAGCCAUGACAGACGCUUCAAGGAAAUCCAAUAAACCACCACGCACAGAUGAACAACGUCGACAUAUGCGUGAAACGGCAGCACGACGACGUGCACAGAAGAAGGAAGAGACACGUCUUGAAGUCCUUCGACGUGCGCUACGAAAUCCACUGCUGGAUACGUCAGAGUUACAAGCAGCCAUGGCCGUGGCAGGUGGUGAAGCACUUGUCUCCUUACAAGAUGUCAUCAAGUUGACGAAUCGCACACUGGGUCUCGCUGAACAUUCUGCAGCUGCAACAACAGAAGCGAAACUCAAGGAACUGGAUCAUGAGAGGAAAGCGCCACCGCUUGAUAUGGAAAAUAUCGUUGAAACGGCGAAACGCGUCGCUGCUGUGGCAAUGCAAUCGUACCUGUCUAGUGCGCAGGAUGGUUCAGUUAGUGGUGGUGGGGCGGAAGGAUCAAGUGCAAGUGCCUCGGUUGCUGUAUCGCCACCAGCGUCACAGCCGCCGACAUUUGCAAGUACAGCCGAAGCAAGCACUAAGCCAACAACAGGCACUGGAGUCUCAAACAAACCGCUGACCACUGCACAAAGCAAAGCGAGUCCGGUGGUCAAGGCAUCAACGAGCUCAAACGCAGCGGCAGCUCUGCCGAGUACGAGUGCACCCGCCAAGAGUGCGCCUAGCACACAAACGACCAAACCAAAAACAUCCAUACGCUCGCCAGACAGAGUCUUUGUCAAACCUACAACGCCAGCAAAAGCGAAAAAGGACAAGAAAGAGACCCUUGCAGCAGGCAGUCCAUCCGGUCGAAGUAUGAGUCUCACGGCUCUUUUGGAUUGA